ACAACAUCUAUCUUCAACUGUGGUGUAAAUUUCCGACUCCUAGCUGAUCAUGGUCGUGAGCUAUUAAUUAAUUAUUAUUAAUGGCAUUUUCAUUAAUUAACUCAUAUCUCCAUCAAAAAGGCGCAUGGGCUCAAACCAACUUGGGGUUUUUCACUACUGACUAUUCCCUACAUGAUGAAAAUAGUGUGAGUCUAAAAGCUUUUAAUCACCUCGAGAGGUUCCCUCGUCAGAUUUUAAUUUGGGGGGUGUUCGUGGAUGUUCACAUCUUUUAGCAAUACUCUACAAAUUCUUUAAAUUUAGCUAUAUGUUAUAGUAAUAUAGGUGAAAUUUAUCGAAAAUUAUCAGACUAUGAUCAAGCAUUAGUUUAUACAAAUAAAGCUAUUACUAUUUAUAGAGAAAAUGUUCAUAAUAAUCAUUUGGAUUUAGCAAUUAUGUAUAAUAAUCUUGCCAUUAUUUAUAAAAUGAAAUGUGAUCAAAUAAAUGCAUUGAUAAAUUUUAAUAAUGCAUUAGAUAUUUAUAUUUUAUAUCAUUCUAAAUCAAUUAAUCAUUCAGAUAUAGCAAUAUUGUAUUUUAAUAUAGGAGUUUUACAAGGUGAACAAGAUAAUUAUGAGUUAGCAUUAGAAAAUUUUAAUAAAUCUAUUAAAAUUUAUAUUCAAAUAUAUUCUGAUUAUCAUCCAAUGAUUGCACAAGUCUCUAAUAAUAUUGGUAAUAUUUAUAUAAGAAAAGGUUUAUAUAAACAAGCAAUGACUUUUUAUGAAAAUGCAUUAAAAAUUCAAUUAUAUUGUUUAAAUGAUGAUCAUUCUGAUAAUCUUGCUCAAACAUAUCAAAAUCUAGGAACAGCUUAUUAUUAUGAUAAUGAUAAUAAGCAAGCAUUAAUUUAUUAUAGAAAAUCAUAUGAAAUAUAUUUUUCAACAAAAAAUGAUACUAAUUUAGAGAUGAUAAAAGAUCUUCUUUGUUGUGAUAAUGAAGAACGCAUAGAGGAAUUAAAUAAUGAUCUUGAACAAUUAAGAUUAUUUUCUGAAUCAAUGCCAGUACAGUAUUUAAAUUUAGCAUCAAUGUAUGCCAAUAAUGCCUUAAUAUAUAGUAACCAAAAUUAUGAUCGUCUCGCUAUGAUAUAUUGUCAAAAAGCAUUAGAUAUUCGUCAACAAUUUUUAUCAUUUAAUCAUAUACAAAUUGCAUUCACAUAUAAUUUAAUUGCAAGUAUACAUAAUAAAUUGAAAGAUGAAUAUGAUAUUGCCAUACAACUAUUAGAUAAAGCGUAUGAUAUUUUUUUAACUAAUAAUUUUGAUCAACAUUCAAGUAUAGGAUCUGUCUAUUAUAACUAUGGUAUAGCAUAUAAAAAGAAAUUUAAUUAUCAUAUGGCAUUAAAUUAUUUUAAAAAAUCAUUAAUAAUUAGAAAAAUUUUUUUAUCAGAUGAUAAUCGAUUUGUCAAAGAAUGUAGAGAGAAUAUUAACGAAAUUCAAAAUCAACAUCAAGAAAAUGAGUGA